AUGAUCCAACAGCGGACAGAGCCACCCGAGGAGGGUCAACGCUCUCACUGUCCUGCUCAAAAUGUCGGCCCCGGUGAACCGACUGAUCGGCGAAGACGAGUUGCGGACGACGACUCGACCCUGGAGACACUUUCACAGAGGAGUCGCCUCGAAGCUCCGAAUUCGACCCAAGGCGGAUCAUUAGCCGUGGUCGACGAAAAAGACGAACGGGGAGACAAAAGGAAGUCAACAUGGGCUGGACUUUCAGACUGGUUUGUAUGGGAAAUUCUAGCCGCUAUUCUAUCUGCUGCGACGCUCAUUACCUUGGUCGUCGUCUUGGCCAAGUUUGAUGGAAAGCCACAACCAGCAUGGGAGCACAUCUCGCUAAACUCGGUCAUUCCCUGGCUAAGCACCAUCUCUAAGGCUUGCAUUAUCUUCGCUGUCAGCGAGGCUCUCGGACAGCUAAAGUGGGUGUGGUUCGCGCAAAAGACACAGCCCAUGUUGAACUUGAGGACGUUUGAUUCCGCCAGCCGGGGAUUCUACGGGAGUGCAGAACUGAUUUGGACGCUGAGGUGCAGGCAUUUUGCCAUCUGGGGCGGUCUUGCAGUGAUACUGGCUCUGGGCUUUGACCCCUUCACACAGAAUCUCAUCCACUAUUAUCCCAAUAUGGUGGAGGAUGCGUCCCAACAAGCACUCCUGGCCAACGCCUCGUCGUACGAUACAGUUGGGCCACCGACGGCUCAUGCCGCUUUGGUUUGGGUCGACCCGGUGCUCAAGGCAAAUGUGUACAAUUCUCUCCUUAAUAACGACCAGUCCAGGCCGUGGUCCAUACCGCAGUACGCAUGCAGCUCCAGCAACUGCACCUGGGAUCCCAUUGCCGCGUUGGAAGCGCGCGCGGUCUGCUCGAGUGUGACGGGCUAUUUGGCUAUGUCCUGUGACUCCAAGGUUCCGGAGAAUCUUACUUAUGCUGGACAGCCUAACUGCACUAUUAUGCUCCCGUCUAAUACAACCGCCUGGUUCAUACCAUAUCAGUAUGAAUAUGCAUCCAUCUCCAUUGCCGCCGUGCUCCCAGAUCAAGCGCUGGUGUAUAAGAAUGCUACGCUCCCCCCAAUCCAGAUGAUCGCGCCAUACGAUUUUGAUCCCUCGGUUGAAUCCCCGGGUGAGGGUAAAUGGCAGGCGAUGGAGUGUUCUAUCGAGUCUAUUGUGCGCAGCUUCCAGGCAACUGUCCGAGACAAUGUCUAUCGCGAAGAGACACUGGGGGUCUGGACCGAGGGUUUCUUUCCAUGGGAAAAGAACUGGACCAACGUUCCGACGGGACUCUACCUCGAACCGCCAUGGGGGUCUGAUUUCGGAAUUUCGCCACGCAGUCGGUUUACGCUGGGUAGCUCAGCUAUCAUGGGAAUCACCGACUUCUUCAACAGUCGGUUCUUCGGGCAGUUCUUCCUGCAGACCUUGAACAGCGUAGUCUUCAAGACCCGGGAGCCUGCCAUCUACGCUCCGAGCGAUUUCAUUCAAGCCAUGUCGCUCGGGAACAUUACAGGAUGCGAUGUCCGAUCCGUCGAGAAACUGGAGUGCGCCAUGAAAAACGUGGCACAGGCUAUGUCCAAGACCUUCCGGGACUCGGCCUAUGUAGGAGCCAAUUCGGAUUUGAGUCGCGCCAACAUGACGGUUGGACGGGCAAUGACGAGUGUUUCCUAUGUUCAAGUGCGUUGGGCGUGGAUUGUCUUACCCGCCCUGGUUUGGGUUCUGGGGGCAGGAACGUUGGCUGGAACGAUAUGGAAAACUCGACGAGCACAAGUUCCCAAAUGGAAGAAUGACCCGAUCCCUUUGUUGUUUCUGUAUCAGGAUGGAGUUGACAAGCGCGGUGUGAGCCUGACCAAGGCAUAUGGAACGGACGACGUGGGAAUGCGGUUAUACGAAGAUGACAAGAACAUGGUAUUGGCCAGUACAUAG